UCCUAUAUAAGCAAGAGCAAUAUUAAGUCUGUUAUAGCCGCGUAUCCACACAAACAAUGGUCUGGCUGCUUUGCAUGUACUAUCGAAGAAGAGUUGACUUUGAAUCCGUGCGCAUAUUCUUCAGCAAUUCCAAACUUUGCUAAAACUGAAUGGGGUAUUAAGUUGAUGGAACCGUGGGAUAAUUAA